AUGGCAAAAAAUAAAAUUGAAUUAGCUUAUAUGUAUUUUCUACCAAACCCACAUAAGAAAGGAACACCACUUCGACCGAUUAUUAAUACUAUACAUGCAGUAACAGCACGGAUAUCAAAAUUUUUAGAUCAAAAACUUCGUCCAUUAUUUGAUCGAUAUGUUCGUUCAACAACAAUUGUCGAUGGUGUUGAUCUGCUUCAUCAAAUCGAUCAAUAUAUACAAAAAGGUUAUUUUAAUUCAUCAACAUUAUUUAUUACAUUUGAUAUUACUAAUCUUUAUACAAUGUUACCACAAGAAGAAUCAUUAAAGAUUCUCGAUGAAUUUCUUCGUCAACAUAAUUGUCAUCGAAUUCAUGGCAUUUCAAUUGAAACAAUCAUUGAAUUAGCUCGUCUUGUAUUACAAGCAAAUGCAUUUGUCUAUGGUAAAAAAUUCUAUCGACAAAUUAUUGGUGGUGCUAUGGGUUCACCAUUUACAUUAACACUAGCAAAUAUUUUCAUGUGGAAAUGGGAAUGA